UUCCUUCUAAGCGGGAAGGAGCGGGCAGUGUCUCACUCUGCGGUCUGGUCCCCUUGUAUCUUUUAGCUAGCCAGCAGCUAGCAGGCUAGCUAAACCAAGAGCUGAACCAAGGACCAAACAUGCCUCGGGAAAUCAUAACGCUUCAGCUGGGACAGUGUGGAAACCAGAUCGGGUUUGAGUUCUGGAAGCAGCUGUGUGGAGAACAUGGCAUCAGUCCAGAGGGGAUUGUCGAGGAGUUUGCGACUGAGGGCACCGACAGAAAGGACGUGUUCUUCUAUCAGGCCGACGAUGAGCACUACAUCCCCCGUGCUGUGCUCCUGGACCUGGAGCCCAGGGUGAUCCACUCCAUUCUCAACUCCCCCUACGCAAACCUUUACAACCCAGAGAACAUCUACCUCUCUGAGCAUGGAGGAGGUGCCGGCAACAACUGGGCCAGUGGAUAUUCACAGGGCAAAAAAAUCCAAGAAGACAUCUUUGACAUCAUUGACCGCGAGGCAGAUGGCAGUGACAGUUUGGAGGGAUUCGUCUUGUGCCAUUCCAUUGCUGGGGGGACGGGCUCUGGGUUGGGAUCCUAUCUGCUGGAGAAACUCAAUGACAGGUACCCAAAGAAGCUGGUGCAGACAUACUCUGUUUUCCCAAACCAGGAUGAGAUGAGUGACGUGGUCGUUCAGCCGUACAACUCGCUGCUGACGCUGAAGAGGCUCACCCAGAAUGCAGACUGCGUGGUGGUGUUGGAUAACACGGCUCUAAAUCGCAUCGCCACAGACAGACUGCGUAUCCAGAACCCCUCAUUCUCCCAGAUCAAUCAGCUGGUUUCCACCAUCAUGUCUGCAAGCACAACCACCCUGCGCUACCCAGGCUACAUGAACAACGACCUCAUUGGCCUGAUUGCAUCCCUCAUCCCCACACCCCGCCUCCACUUCCUUAUGACUGGUUACACACCACUCACUACUGACCAGUCGGUUGCUAGUGUGAGGAAAACCACAGUGCUGGAUGUGAUGAGGAGGCUUCUGCAACCUAAGAAUGUGAUGGUGUCCACCGGAAGAGAGAGGCAGCCAAACCACUGCUACAUUGCCAUCCUUAACAUCAUCCAGGGAGAGGUCGACCCCACACAGGUGCAUAAAAGCCUCCAAAGAAUCCGAGAACGCAAACUUGCCAGCUUCAUCCCCUGGGGUCCCGCCAGCAUCCAGGUGGCGUUGUCCAGGAAGUCCCCCUACCUGCCUUCGGCCCACAGAGUCAGUGGUCUGAUGAUGGCCAACCACACAAGUAUUUCCUCUCUGUUUGAGCGGACGUGCCGGCAGUAUGACAAACUGCGUAAGCGUGAGGCCUUCCUGGAGCAAUUCCGCAAAGAGGACAUAUUCAAGGACAACUUUGACGAGCUGGAUAACUCCCGUGAAGUCGUCCAGCAGCUGAUAGACGAGUACAGCGCAGCCACGCGGCCCGACUACAUUUGCUGGGGCUCACAAGACCAGUGAAAGGACUUACAGGUGUUGAGUCUCAGCCACAACUCCUCAAUGAACACGCGCUCUUAGUUUAUUCUCACUCCAUUCAUCUCCCUUAUACACACACAUGUCCUGAAACAAACACAUUUGACUUAAGCUGCUUCUCUUGGAAAAAAUAUUCAUCAGCUUUUUGCAGCAUGUUAUAUAUAUAUAUGAUUUGUUAUGUGUUUGAACGUUCACACAUCCACAGUGUGCAGACUGAGGGAUGAUCGGUAACACCCACUGUCAUUAAAACCAACCAAAAGUUAAAAGGCUAAGUUCGGAAAUGUAGUUUAUACAAGUAAAUAGUCUUGUGAAGUAAAAGGAUGAGCGCUUCUUCUCUGCAAUUCUGUGCAGAGAGCAUAAAUGUUUUCUACAAAAAUCUAUUUGAUAGUUGUUUCCUUUUCUAUUUCUUUGCCUUUGUUUCCGCAAUUUAAGAACCUGUUGCCUUGUUUUGUUCUUUUUCUUGCCUGAACGCUAGCAGAGCUGAGUUACAGGAAAAUGUCCACAGACUAUAAAGUGACUGCCUUCAGUAAUUGGGAGUAGGACUGGCUGGAUGCAUGAUGGUUAAUGUCGGUUCUUGUAUCCCAGACAUUUAAAAUGGAGCUUGUUCCCAUAUUUGUGCUGCUGAUACUCAUUUGUAACCACUGUACAUGACCUGUAAGAAUUAAGUUGAACUUGUGUUUAGGCCAGAAAAUGGUGUAAACACAUCUGCUAUGUUCACAGCAUUGAUAUUUUUAACAGCAAAUGUCACCCAGAGUAAAGGGAAUUAAGUUUGUACAGAUGACCAUGUCUGUGUACAGGGCUGGACCUCACUGUAAUGCUUCAUCUCUAUGCCUGUAAAUAAACUUAAAAUAAUAUCUGGCUCACCGACGGUCUCUGUUUCCUGUUGAUGAAUUUACUCUCCCUUGUUGCUUUGCUUCUUGGACCUGCUGAAAAUAAACAUUGUUUUUGAUGUAA